AUGGGACAAGCCUCUCACAAACACCACAAAUCUUCUUCUUCCACUCUGGCCAAUCCUGCCAAUGCCUCCAAACAUUCCUCAACCGCAAGCAGCAACAGCAACAUUUCAAGCACUACAGAUGGUAGUAGCAGUUGCAACAACAACAAGAAGCAAAACUCGAGUAAUGUAACCAACAACAAUUCCAAAUCUGGCAAUCUCCUCAUGAAACACAAGAAGAAGAAGAAACAAGCAAAGGCAGUCAUGGUUGGUCUCGAUCACGCCGGUAAAACCAGCAUCAUGAUGAAACUCAAACACGGCAACAAGGGAAAGAAUUUACCUUCCACGGUUCCGACGUUGGGUUUCAAUGUGGAAGUUUUAAAGUACAAACGAACCGUCUUGACCAUGUUUGAUAUUGGAGGACUCUUCUUUAAAACGAAACAAUUGGCACAACAUUACUUUGAGAAGAACCAAGCGGUGAUUAUUGUGGUGGAUUCGAGUGAUCGUGAUCGUUUUGAGGAGGUACGAGAAAUGAUUCAUGUCGUGACUGAGAAUCCACUCCUUUCCGAUUGUAAGAUACUUCUCUAUUUCAAUAAGCAAGAUAUUGAAGGAGCAUGUAGUGUGCAGGAAUUUAAGAAGGAAUGUUUGGGAAUCAUUGAUUCGAGUUUGAGUUCGUCGUCUCUAUCCUCCUCUUCACCAUGCUCUUCAACAACAAGUACCUCCUUAUCGUUGGCUGCUUCUUCUUCACAUCGGAAGGACACUUUAGGCUCAUCAUGGACUUCUGCAUGCAUCAAACAACCAUUCACUAUUCAACCUUGCAGUGCCAAGACAGGAGAAGGAUUGUUUGAAGGCUUGGAUUGGCUCACUCAGAACGUGUGA